GCUCCUAAAAUUGCUCUUCUUCUGUUGGACCAUACAAGGUCCUCACCGCCAUGGAGACCCAGCACAGCUCGAUCCCCAUAAAGCUCAACCUUUCCAACUUCAUCGCUGGCAAGUUUGCGCCCCCGAGCGCAAAGACCUUUCCCGUCGUCAAUCCUGCGACCGAGGAGCAGAUUGCCGUCUGCUCCGAGGCCAGUGUGGAAGAGGUCGAUCAGGCCGUUGCGGCAGCCAAGCGUGCCUUCUACAAGGGCAUUGACGGUCACAAGGCCUGGAAAGAUGUGCCGGGUGCCGAGAGGAAGGCACUUCUCAAGAAGUUGGCUGAACUCAUGCAGAGGGACCUCGACAUCAUCGCCAAGCUCAACAGCAUUGACCUUGGCGCUCCCAUGAUGGCUUCCAAAGCCCUGACGAUGGGCGCCAUUGCAAAGCUGGACUGGUGUGCAGCCACAGCCGAGCGCAUCACCGGUGAGACGGUGGAGCCGAAGCCAAACCCCGACGGGAGCGGCAGCAACCUCUUUUCGUGCAGCUGGCGCCAGCCCUUUGGCGUCGUAGCAGGAAUCGCGCCCUGGAACAUCCCUGCCGUGUCCUUUGUCGUCAAGGUUGGCGCUGCAGUCGCCUGCGGCAACACGAUCGUGUACAAGGACUCUGAGAAGACACCCCUGGCCGGCGCGUACCUCGCCCAGCUCAGCGCCGAGGCGGGCUUCCCUCCCGGGAUCAUCAACGUCAUUCACGGUCACGGCGUUCCUGCCGGCGAGGCCCUCUCUCUGCACAUGGACGUGCGCAUGAUCACCUUUACUGGAUCCUGCGUCACCGGCAAGGUCAUCACUGCAAACUCUGGCCGCUCCAACCUCAAGAAGGUCUGCCUCGAGCUGGGUGGCAAGAGCGCCGCCAUCGUGUUCGAGGACGCGGACCUGCCAAAGGCGAUCCAAAAUGCCUUUAUGUCUUUCACGAGGAACUCCGGCCAGGUCUGUGCUGCCCACACCAGGGUCUAUGCUCACGAGUCGAUCCUCGAUCAAUUUGUCGACGGUCUGAAGCAGUAUGCUGCUCGAGUCGUGCCCGGCGACCCGAUGCUGCCCGACACAAGGAUGGGCCCACUCGUCGAUUCGAAGCAGUACGACCGUGUCAAGGGCUACCUUGCCGCCGCCCAGCACGAGGCCCACUUCCUCCAUGGUACCUCGGACCCCGUCAAGAACAAGGGCUACUACAUCCAGCCCACCAUCCUCGUCCCCAACUCCGACGACGUCUCGGUUGUGCGCGAUGAGAUCUUUGGCCCUAUCGUGUGUGUCAUGCCCUUCAAGACCGAGGAAGAGGUUCUUGCGCGCGUCAACGACACCGAAUUCGGACUUCACGGUGGAAUUUACACGACGAACCUGUCAAAGGCUCUGCGCGUGUCCCGUGAGAUGGAAGCCGGUACCGUCGGCAUCAACACGGGCAUCAUCGUCGACGACCGUCUUCCCUUUGGCGGAUGGAAGCAAAGUGGCUCCGGCCGCGAGAACGGCACGGCCUUCAUCGAAGACUUCACCGAGCUCAAGACAGUCCAUAUUGCCUACUGAGCGCGUUCCAAUCUCUCCUGUUCUCUAUCUCCAUCGUGACGCACCACUCAGCCUGCUUGAUUUCAUAUCAAUAUCGAACACCAUCUACCCAGUCAUUCUUUUUCAUGCUGACUGAUCGACGGACGAG